AUGGCAUUCGGUCGAACAAAAUCGAAUGUUAACAAUGAAUUAUUUCAUCAACGUUAUAGUGAAUUAAGUGAUGAAGUUCGUGCGAAAAAUAAACGUGAAGAUCGUCUUCUUGAUAUUCGUUUAAAAUAUUAUGAACGUGAAAAGAAUAUUCGUUUAAAUAUUCUACGUAAAGAACAACAUCAACUAGAACGUAGACGUUCUUUACUUAUUGAGCCAUUGAAUAGAAUUUAUCAAGAUAAACGAAAGCAGUUAAUAGCAUCACUUAUUGCAGAAAAAAUAAAUUUAGAACCCUCAAUAGUACAAUUAUCAACACCAGAAUUAUUCAAUUUAGAUUUGGAACCAAGUUCAACUCUAAGAGAAUCGGAAUUAAUACAACCAAUUCCAACUGAUAAAUCAAUGAAACGUAAAAAUGUCAUACGUCCUCAUUCAGCUGGUUAA